AUGUUUUAUAGAUAUUUAUCUAUUGGUCAUGUUCUGUACUUUUUAUUGAGUAUUCAAAAUAGUAAUGGAUUUAUUUGUCCUAAAGAUGGUCGUUGGCCUCAUCCAGCUGAUUGUGAAAAAUUUUAUACUUGUAAUGCAGGCAUUGGCGUUGAGGCAUGGUGUGGAAAUGGUAUGACCUAUGAUGUUGAAAAUGGACGAUGCGAUUUAUCAAAAAAUAUCGAUUGUAGAAGUGGUGAAAGACCUAAACGAGUACCAUCGUCAGAAUUUCAAACGGAACUCGUAAUUGAUCAUAUUAUUAUAACAACUACACCUAGUUUAUCACAUGAUGAAAUAGAAAUAGAAAAACAAUAUCAAACAACAAUUAAAUUAACAACAAUUAUAUCAAAUAAAUUAGCACACAAUAGAAUACUUGUACCAAAAAAUGAUCUUAUUGAAAAUAGUCCAUGUACAUUUCAAGGAAAUAAACCUGAUCAAUAUAAUUGUCAAUCUUAUUUUACAUGUAAAGAUAGUAUAAUAACACGUAUACAAUGUCCUGAUAAACAUUUAUUUGAUGAAUAUCUUCGUUCAUGUAAUGAUUAUCGAAAAGUUUUUUGUGGAAAUCGACCAACAGAUCAAAGUGGAAACGAUCCAUGUUUGGGUCAACCCAACGGUUGGUAUGCUGAUUAUGGAAAUCAAUGUCGUUCAUAUUAUUUAUGUACAGAACAACGUAAAACUAAAAUGGAUGAAUGUCCUAUAGGAUCAAAAUGGAAUCCGCAUCGACUUCGAUGUGAUGAUCCAAGAUAUAUUGCUGCACCUUGUGGAUACCGUCGUAAUAGUAGUGUAUCUUUAUUAGGUAAGUUUAUUUAA